GGAAUCAUGGGCGGGGUGUCGCUGCGGUCACGUGAGCCAGCCGGGCCUUUGUUGACGAGCUCCGUCGAAGAAGAAGAAAAAGAAAAGGACGAAGAGAAGAAGGAGCGAGCGAGAAAACCGAACCUGAAUCCUGAUCCCCUCGGACUCGGAAUUUAGGACUCUCGUUCGGAUGUUGGAGCGCUCGAGAGCUCGCAGCAGCGCGGCUCCGUGGGGAUGGAGGCUGCGUCCGGAUAGUAGUGAGGGCUCCUGAAGACCGUGCGUACGUGGGGGUCGCCGUCUUGUCCCGUCCCGUCCCAGCAGUCGGUUCCGCUUUGUGCUUCAUCCUUCUCCUCCUCCCCGUCGACAUGAGGCUCUGAAGGCCAUCUUUGUUGUUCUCCAGCAGCGUUUUUGCACAAAAGCUCUCCUUCCCCCUCCACGCCUGACGUCAUUGUAGCUCGUCCAUCAUGGCCCGUCUUGUGGCCUCCUUAGCUUCGUCCUCCUCCUUCCAGCUGCUUCUCCUCCUCCUCGCGCUGCUUCCUUCCGCUGCCGCCGUCGGGACUCCUCGAGCUGCGGCCGUUGAAUGUGGACCGGGAAAGAACCAAGAGUGUCCAGACGCAUCGGUAAAGAAGAGCGACCUUCGCGUCUGCGACGCGGGCACGUGUCGUUUCGGUGGGACGUGCCGCGAAAACGGCGCUGACAUCAAGUGCGUGUGUCAGUUCCACUGCCAUAAGAAGUUCCUCCCGGUCUGCGGGUCCAACGGCGACACGUACCAGAACGAGUGCUUCCUGCGGCGCGCCGCGUGCAAGAAGCAGCGGGCCAUCGGCAUCGUGGCGGAGGGAGCCUGUUACCACGACGGAGGGUCGGGAUCCGGAGAUGGAGACGACGAAGGUUCCGGGGGCGUCCGUGGGAAAAAAACAUCGAAAUGCGGAAACUGCAAGUUCGGCGCCGAGUGCGACGAAGACUCCGAGGACACGCUCUGCAUGUGUAACAUCGUGUGCAGCGGCCACAACGACAACCCGGUGUGCGGCAACGACGGCGUCACCUACGAAACGCCGUGUCACGUCCGCGAAGCGUCCUGCCUCAAGCAGAUGAAGAUCGACAUCAGACACGUGGGCCGUUGCCAAGACAAAAGCAGGAAGGACGACGGCUUCAAAUCAAAGCCCGACGGGUUCGGUAAAAAGUCCGGCGACGGAGACGGGUUAUCCGAAGGCUCCGCCCCCUGCCCCCCGGACCACGCCCUGUACUGCAUCCACGGCCAGUGCGAGAUGAGGGACGACCGGGCGGCGUGCAGGUGCUCGCCGUCGUACGGCGGUCCUCGCUGCGAGCAGCUGCUGGACUUCAACAUCCUCUACGUGGUCCCCAGCGGCCAGAAGCUGCAUUACGUCCUCAUCGCCGGCAUCAUCGGCGCCGUCCAGAUCGCCAUCAUCGUGGCGCUCGUCAUGUGCUUCACCAGGAGAUGUAACAAGGCCAAACGAGGGCGCCGACAGAAGCAACAUCACUUCCCGUCCGGAACGUCGUCCAGGAUGAUGUAACGCCAGCCCGACCUAGCCUAGCGUAGCCUCGCUAGCUCCCUUUCCCUCCCCCACUUGAUCCACUUUUUUCACAGACACUUUUGAUAAUUCCACUUGUGGUGCCUCUUUCUUUUUUUGGUCAGAUACUUUCAGCUCCCAAGAGGCCUUAGUUUUUCUUUGACUCCUAUCUUUAUUUUGUCAUUUUUCCUUCUGGACAUGUUUUUUUUUUCCUAGGAGGCGUGCGCCGAUGUGCUCCAAAACACCGGAUGAACAUUUUGGAAAUUAGCACGCACGCUAAGCGAGCGCCUCUUAGCUUUUGUUUACAUUUUGGAGGAGGUCGGCACAUUUCUUAUUUAAAAUGUUUGUAGCUCACCUCGUGGACAUUUUUCCAACUUUGUAAAGCAUUUUGUCAAUUCACCACGCUCAGCGUUCCGGGGGGGGGGGGCGAUCUCGUCUCACCUUUGCCGCAACAGUGACUUAUGCUUAUUUUCUACUCUUUCCAAAGCGGCGCACAAACUCAUUUGUCGUUUUUCGGUGGGAAAUUGAACGCCGACGUUUGUUUUUCUGAAUGUUUUGUUGUUAUAUUUUCUUACUUUGUGAAUUUUGUUUUUUUUAAAGUGACAUUUCAAGAAUUUUCUUCCACUUUUUUAAUAUUUGAUGUCAGUAGCAAGUGUCCACAUUGCUGGAUUUCAUGUUUGAGAAGAGCUGUAGUUUGUUGCAUGCUGCUGUGACGUGAUGGUGCGCUUAGAAUCUUGUAGAAUUAAACACCAUGGUAACAGAUCAACAUGCGCUUUGAUUGGUCGCUGAC